UCUUUACGUAACAUACGUUGAAGCGGACGUCCCUGUUGCGUCAUUUGCGCGCCUCGCUCCCGAUGCACCUCUUUUCCCGAAAGCCAAUAGAUAAAUGUUUCGAUUUCAGUCCCUGGAUGAAGACUGUACGUUGGAGGAGGAAGACGAUGGAUUGGUCGAGGAGGAAGAUGAAAUUGAUCAGUUCAACGACGACACCUUCGGAGCUGGGGCCAUCGAUGAUGACUGGCAGGAGGAACACAAACGCCUUGCUGGGCUCGUUGAGAAGGACGAGCUUGGAGCAGGGUUGGGGUUGGGAGGAGAGUGUGAUUUAGGAGGAGCUGGGGAUAUGUCUUCUACCCCUCUCCCUUCCUCUGUGGGCCAUCUCCCCCUUCCAUCUUCCCUCCAUUCACUCAAGUUCUCCCCAUCCCCCCAUGGACUUCCUCCGCCAGACGCAGAGGAUCGAGCAAGUGAAGGUGGCUUAGCUGAGUCCCUGGCGAGGCUCAUCCUGGAGGCUGACCCGGCAAUUGCUGGGGUCGGGGCAGCUGAGAGGCCAGGCCCACCCCCUGGUUCAUCAGGAUCUAGCCUGUCUGCUCUGCAGGGGCUGGACCGCUCCAGAGUCCUGUCCCAGCCCUCCUCCAUCCCACACCCCGGCCAGCCACACCAGCAUCACCAUCAUGCCCAGCACCAGCUGCCUCCUGGGCCCUCCACCUCAGGCCUUCCUCCUGGUCCUCCCUCUUCCAUGCUGAGCUACCAACAGCAGCAGCACAUGCUGCGCAGAGGGACGUCUCCCAUGGGCCAGAUGAACUCUCACAGUAUCUGGGAGAACAGCAUGGGAUUUGGACCAGUCAGCGUCACCCCUGGACUGGUUACUCACAUGGAGGAUAGUCCACUGAUGUCCAUAAUCAAGGAGGUUGGCCUUCCUAAGCGACCUCCGCCGGGGAGGAACGAUGAAGGACGGGAUUUUUCAGAACGGGUCCCACCUCCACGCUCUUCUUCCCCUGUGAUUGGCUCCCCUCCGGUGAGGGCGGUGCCUAUCGGUACACCACCCAAACAGCCGAUGAGCCACUCACUGAACCAUCAGAUCCACCAUCCCACAGCGGUUCAUGUGAGAGCCCCAGUGCAGCACAGAUACCCUCCUCCUUUCCCCGAGCGACUAUCACCCAACACCCUUCUCAAUAUAGCUAACUCUCCACUGUGUCGCGGUCCGUUCCCUCCAGGAGUUGGUCCAGUCCUGUCUCAGAUCCAAAGGGCCCAGCUGCUCAACUCACAGGUGGCUGGUUUCCCCCGUGGUGGUCCACCUCCUCAAUUAUUGCCAGGCGGUGGUGGUUUCAGGCCGUUUUUCGGGGGCCCUCCUCCCCCACACGGUCACAGAAUGGGCCCGCCGCCCCCUCACGGCCCUCUAAACCAUGCGCCGCCCAUUCGACACAACACCACCCACCUUCACCCCCAGCACCGCCGCAUGCUGACGCAGCGCAUGCAGAACAGAGGAGGGGACCGGAGCAGGACUGGAGGGGACCGGCGCAGCAGAGACCCCUACAGUAACCUGAUGACUCAGAAAGAGAAGGAGUGGGUCACCAAGAUCCAGAUGAUGCAGCUGCAAAGUACUGACCCAUACCUGGAUGACUACUACUACCAGAACUACUAUGAAAAGAUGGAGAAGCGUCAGGAGAAAGAGAGAGACAGCAGCAAGAAGGAGCACACCACCAAACUCAUCACUCCACAGGUCGCCAAGGUUGAACACACCUACAGACCCGUUCAGUUUGCUGGCUCUCUGGGUAAACUGACGGUCUCCAGUGUCAACAACCCUCGAAAGAUGAUCGACGCAGUGGUGACAACCCGCACGGAUGACGAGGAGAAAAGGGAGAAGCAGGUUUGGAAUAAGAGGCGACAGAUCCUCUACACCGUGGAGAAGAUGUACAGUUUGCUGCUCGAGGUUCAAGACUUUGAGAAACGUUUUGUGCAAACGCCAGAGGAGGAUCGCGAGGCUCUGCUGGAGCAGCACAAAACCAACACAGUGCAGCUGUGCAACUCUCUGCGGGAGAAGGAGUGGGACGACAGGGUGAGCGAUGAGCAGUGUGUGAUGAUCAUGUCUGUGAGGAAGGGCAAGCGGCUCAUCUCCAGGCUCCUCCCUUUCCUGCCAUCGCCCCAGGCCUCCGCCGUUGUCAUGGCGAUUGCCCGCAACCUUCCCGCCCUGGCCAAGAAGGACAAACAGGAUCAGGUGCUGUGCUGGUUAGUGGAGCCCGUUUCUGCUGUCAUCCAGUCAUUGUCGAGCUCCAGCCUCACAGACCUGCUCCAGGAGCUUCAGGGCAGCGAGGGUCAGCUGGCCACAGUUCUACACAACAAGUUUGGUGUGACGCUGCUCUAUCUGAUCCUGAGUGAAGGAGAGAGGAUGCAAAGCUCUGACCCCAACUGUCAACUCAUGGACGACAAUCGAUGGACUGAGUUGGUGUUUUCAGUGACGAGGGAGCUGCUUAGCAUUCCUUCCUCCUCCCUCUCUUCCCCCCUCUUCACCCCUCCAAACCUCCUCUCCCUCCUGUCACGUUAUGUUGAUCGGCAGAGGCUGGAGCUGCUGCAAGACAAGCUACAGAUCUCUGCUUUGUCCAGGUAGAAGUUACAGCAGACAUCACAACCCCUCCCACUCGAUGCAGACCUUUUUGUUUUUGUGAGUGUCAGGAGUGUGUAUGUGUGUGUGCGUGUCAGGUGUGCAUGUGUGCUCUUGAGGUGAAUCCAUGAUGGAACAUUUUAAUCCAGCAGAAUUUAGUCACUUUUUUUUUGUGUGUCAAGUCUCUGGUGUGUGUGUGUGCAUGUGUGUAUGGAGAGUGUGUGAGAGUGAGUGACGAUCAAAAUGAAAUCUGCAUUUUUAAAUAUCUUGUUUACGAUUAUGCCUGUGAUGAACCUUCAAAUUAAAAGUAUUUCUAUUAUAUAAAAGA